AUGGUCUGUGUUUCCUACCUCCGGGAAUAUUUGGAGAUCUUGUGGCCUAAUUGCUUUAAAAUCUUGUUGCAGGGUAUAUGUCCAGGUAACCGCUUAAGGCUGAUAGCGGGAGUGUUCGAGGAUACGGGACAAAGCAGAGAACCGUCGCCGCAAUUGACCGAAGUCUUUUCUGACCUUAGCACGUUACAGCGACAGGGGAAGAGGAGAAGUUGGCACGUGCAACCUAAUAAAGUUUUAACACCAAAGAAAUACAACGAUGUGUACUUAUACGACAUCCCACCCAGGGCAAUUCCAGUAUCCUACGACGCUCCUCGCAAUUGCUCCAGAUGUUCGCCGGCUCCGUCCUGUGCGUCACCCACAAAUCGAGAUUCGGGCGACAGUUACGACAUACCGAGGCCGAUUUUAAUCCACCCGAGUCUCUUAACACCUUCAAGUUCGGCCAGUUCGCUCACAACUGGAGACUCGCUAAGUUCCUCCAACCGAAGUAGUGUAAUUAACAUCCCCGACUACGACGUGCCCAGAUCCCAUCCGCGCGGAACCCAAUUGGUCCUUCAACCCGCAACUCUGCUGUACGACGUUCCGCCUUCCCACCCUCAAGUGAAAGAAUUACCAUUAGAAUUAAGCUUCGCACUAGAUUCCUUGGAGAAAUUGCAAAACGAAGUUACGGCCGCCAUAUCCAAAUUAUUAGCAUUUGUAAGUCCACAUUGGAGAACGAGGGAGAAAUUGGAAACGAACAUAAUGGACAUAAAAUUAUCCGUUAUGAGACUGAGAACCUCGCUACAGGAUUUGGCGGAGUUCGGAGAGGGCGCUUUGGGUAACGCGACGCGGGCGACCGACAAAAAUUUGGCGAGUAAACUAAUGCCGCUAAUCAUGGCGAUACGAACAUCCGACAGGCUCGUACAGGAAGCCGCCGAUCAGCUGCAGCUACACGACUGGUCGAUCGACAUCCUGUCUCGAACGGAAAACGAAGGCAAAGCGAAACCUGACGCGCUCGAGCAGCUGGUGGCGUGCGCCCGCUCGCUGACCGAAGAUGUCCGGCAAACCUCGUCGUUUAUACAGGGAAAUAGUACUUUACUAUUUAAAAGAGCGACCUCUCCUCAGGGAAGCAACAACAGCAACGAAUGGCUGGAGGACUACGACUACGUUAAUUUAGAAUCCAAAGAGGCCGUAGCACAGAAGCAUGCGGAAAUUCGGGACGCACUUCCGAAAGAGCUAAAGAAAGGUUACGAUAAUUUAAUUAAGAACGCGGAAAGCGCGGCGAUCAUUAGCGACAAGGCGGAUUUGGAUCCGGAAGAUAAGCAAGUCUUAUCGUUUUUUGCCGCUCAAGUGAUUACGCACCACAACCAUCUGACUCAGGCCAUCGACGCGUUUUUGCAAACCGUCGAACACAACCAACCGCCCAAAGUAUUCUUAGCGCACGGGAAGUUCGUCGUUUUAAGUGCCCACAAGUUAGUGCAUAUCGGCGACGCUGUACAUAGAAACGUUUUGCAGACGGACACACGGACUCGCGCACUCAAUUGCGCAAACGCGCUAAGCGAAGCGUUAGCGAUGAGUGUGAGUAAAACUAAGCAGGCAGCUCUCCAGUUUCCGAGUGUAACCGCGGUACAGGCGAUGGUCGAUUCGAUUGUCGACAUUUCGCACUUGGCGAAAGACCUGAAGAUAUGUUUGGUGCAGGCCGCGCAACCUAUGUAGUGAAUUGUUCCUAUAUUUUAUGCCAUAGAACUUCGGUAGUACUUAGCGAUUUUCGCAGUUAACCUUUCACAUAAAUUAGUAAAGGGAAUUAGAUCCGUUAAAGUGAGUUGCUUGUGCGAUUUUAGUGCGCAUUUCACCUAAAGGAGGUCCUCAUUAUUCUAAAAUCAUUUUAAUGUGUCAUAAAUUAUGGUAUAUAAAUCUGAGUAGACGAUUGCGCCUGCGCGGAUUUUCUAG